GUUCCACAUCACACAUGUUCAACGGCACUCACGUUCCACGUCACACACGUUCCACAUCACACACGUUCCACGGCACACACGGUCCACGUCACACACGUUCCACGUCAAACACGUUCCACAUCACACACGUUGCAUGACACACACGUUCCACGUCACCACGUUCCAUGGUACUCACGUUCCAUGGCACACACGUUCCACGUCACAUAUGUUCCAUGGCACGCACGUUCCACGUCACACACGUUUCAUGGCACCCACGUUUCACGUCACACACGUUCCAUGUCACACGCGUUCCAUGGCAAAUGCGUUCCAUGGCACACGCGUUCCAGGGAACACACGUUUCAUGGCACACACGUUCCAUGUCACACACACUCCAUGCCACACACGUUCCAGGGAACACACGUUUCUCGUCACACACGUUCCAUGGCACACAUGUUCCACGUCACACACGUUCCAUGGCAUACAUGUUCCACGUCACACACGUUCCACGGCACACAUGUUCCACGUCACACACGUUCCAGGGAACACACAUUCAAUGUUCCAUGUUACACGCUUUCCAUGUCACACACACUUUCCAUGUCACACACGUUCCACGUCACACACGUUUCACGUCACACACGUUCCAUGGUACUCACGUUUCAUGGCACACACGUUCCAUGUCACAAUAUCACACACGUUCCACGUCACGCACGUUCCAUGGCAUACACGUUCCGCGUCACACACGUUCCAUGGCAUACACGUUCCGCGUCACACACGUUCCAUGGCAUAUACGUUCCACGUCACACAUAUUCCACGUCACAGACGUUCCAGGUAACAGACAUUACAUGUUCCAUGUUACACGCUUUCCAUGUCACACACGUUCCAUGGCAAACACGUUCCAUGGGAAACACGUUCGCGUCACACACGUUCCACGUCAAACACGUUCCAUGUUCCAUGUUACACACGUUCCACGUCACACACGUUCCAUGGCAUACACGUUCCGCGUCACACUCGUUCCAUGGCAUACACGUUCCACGUCACACACGUUCCAUAGCUCACAAUGUCAACAAGAACAGUGAACCAUUGUCCCGGUCAGUUGUGACUCCAUAGUUACAUUAACGGUCUCCUCGUUCUACUGUCUGUGAGUUAUGUUCCUGUGUAUCAUGUCGUGAUACAUACACGGCUCACACGGUCGUUGUUGUCAUCACCUUCGGUGGGAGUGAGGUCUGGGAUAUAUACACUCCUCACUCGGUCGUUGUUGUCAUCACCUUCAGUGAGAGUGAGGUCUGGGAUAUAUACACGGCUCACACGGUCGUUGUUGUCAUCACCUUCAGUGGGAGUGAGGUCUGGGAUAUAUACACGCCUCACUCGGUCGUUGUUGUCAUCACCUUCAGUGGGAGUGAGGUCUGGGAUAUAUACACGGCUCACUCGGUCGUUGUUGUUG